CCCUGUGUUAUUAGAGUAUUAUGACCAUCCAGUGUUUAAAUGUGGAGUACACCAUUUAAUUAAAAAUGAAAUAUAUUGCAAACAUGGCAGAAGGGAAAAUAACAUCUCGAAAACUAUUAUACAUUAUUGGAUUAACAUCAGUGUUUUGGUUUGCUAUGAAUGUUUUGUUGUUAAUUGCAAACAAUAAAUACGCUUUAGAUUCACUUGAAAAACUUGCUCUAACAUCUAAUGAAAAAGCUGACUCACAUUAUAUGAGUCAUGUUAAUAUACAACCAUUAGCACCAGCAUACAAACGAAGCUUUGAUUUACCUUGGCUUAAAGAUGAAUUUUGGAAUAAAAAAACUAUUAGUUCUGAAAUAUCUGAGAGUGCAGUUUUAUCUCAAGGUGCAGACCGACCUGUUUAUGAUAUAAGUGCUAAAAAAAACAUUAAUCCAAUGAAAGGUGAAGGAGGUGAGGCAUCUUAUCUGGAUACUGAAGCAGAAAAACAAUAUGCAGAAAAGAUAUUUGCCAACCACUCAUUCAAUUCAGUUCUUAGUGAUAAAAUAUCCUUGGAUCGUACAAUGAGAGAUGUUCGUGGUGAUCUUUGUAUAGAAAAACACAAAACUUAUCCUCGCAAACUUCCAACAGCAAGUGUCAUUAUUUGUUUUCAUAAUGAAGCUUAUAGUGUUUUAUUGCGUACUGUUCAUAGUGUUUUAAAUCGUACCCCACCUGAUCUUUUAACUGAUAUAAUUUUGGUUGAUGAUAAAAGCGAAUAUGAAAAUUUAAAAAGACCUUUGGAUGACCAUGUUGCACAAUUAUCAAAAAAAAUUAAGAUUAUUAGAAAUGCCAAAAGGUCUGGCUUGAUUCGAUCUCGAAUAAAUGGUGCCGAUUUGUCUCGUGGAGAUGUUUUAAUAUUUCUAGACUCUCAUUGUGAAACUACACCUGGAUGGGCAGAGCCUCUAUUAGCAAGAAUAGCUGAAAAAAGUUCUAAUGUUGUUGUUCCAAUAAUUGAAGUUAUUAAUGCAGAUACUCUCCAAUAUGCUGCAGCAGCAAAUCCUGACCAAAGAGGUGGCUUCAGUUGGGAUUUGUUUUAUAAAUGGAAGCCUAUUCCAUUAGACGAACAGCAUCUUCGUAAAUCUCCUAUAGAUGUUAUUAGAACUCCCACAAUGGCAGGUGGAUUAUUUGCAAUCGACAGAAAAUACUUUUAUGACAUGGGGACAUAUGAUGAAGAAAUGGAUAUAUGGGGUGGAGAAAACUUAGAAAUGUCUUUUAGAAUAUGGAUGUGUGGUGGGCGUAUUGACAUUAUUCCAUGCUCACGAGUAGGACACAUUUUUAGAAAGUUUACCAGUCCAUACAAGUUUCCAGAUGGAGUAGAAAAAACUCUUUCAAAAAAUUUGAAUCGGUUGGCAGAAGUUUGGUUAGAUGAAUAUAAAGAACUUUAUUAUCAAAAAAGGCCGCAAUCAAAAGGAAAGGAUUAUGGCGAUAUUAGUCAGAGGCUUGCAUUGAGAAAUAAAUUAAACUGUAAAUCAUUCAAGUGGUAUAUUGAAAAUAUUUACCCUGAUGUUCAACUUCCUGAUCUUUAUCCUCCAGCUAGAGGAGAGAUAAAGAAUCCUGCAUCAAGUUACUGCUUAGACUCAAUGGGUGACAUGAAAGGAAACAAUGUGAAAAAGUUGGGCAUUUUUCCUUGUCAUGGCCAGGGAGGAAAUCAGAAUUUUGUGUUUUCGAGAAAAGGAGAGAUUGUGUUUGAUGAAGAGUAUUGUCUUGAUGUAUCGAGCUCAAAACCUGGGGUAUUAAUUGAUAUAAUGAAAUGCCACAACUUUGGUGGAAAUCAACAAUGGAUACAUAAAAUUAACACGGGUGAAAUUAUGCAUUAUCCAACCCGACAGUGCAUCGACCGUGGUUCUAAUACUAAUAAAAGUCCACAAAUGCAACCAUGUAAUGGACAAACAUCUCAAAAGUGGGUAUUUUCUCACUAUAACAUGACUAGUUUUGCUUUAAUCUCUAACAAAUAAAAAUGGUGGUGG